AGAGGACUCCGUCGGUUCGCAAUCUGCCCCUCCCGGUCACACCCUUGAUGACCGGAUUUCAACUGGAUUUGUAUCAUGCUAGGUACUGCCGGUUGCUGAAGUGCCUCCCUGAUGGAUGUUUAUACAUUUUCUCCACAUGCCGAUGCCGAUGCGGACGCAAAUGCCCAUCUCGAUGCUGGUGCGGAUGCGGAUAUGCAUGGUGAUGGCGGCCAGGCAACUCCGGUUUCACAGCUAGCGCAAUCCAGGGAACCGGUCGGUAGGAACGCUACCGCCGCAGUGUCGUCAAAGCGGUUUGAAUGCAGUGCCCCGGGUUGUGGCAGACAUUUCACAAGGAAAGAGCACUUGACGCGCCAUGCCAAAUCUCACAACUCCCAGUUUCAGCAUCAAUGCCCCAUCUGCGGGCGCCGAUAUGCGAGGAGCGAUGUUUUAAAGCGGCACAUCGAAUUCCACCCGCAACAGUCGAGUCCAAGGAGAAGGCUCGUCGACUGCGUCUCAUGUCACGAGCGGAAAGCAAGAUGCGAUCGGAAUUCCCCGUGCCAGUCUUGUACUCAGAAUGGUGUGCCCUGUCUCCGCCCGGGAUCGAGCCAGCACACAGCGCCAGAUAGUACCCUUACCAACGCAGGCGUCAACGGGUCCGCGAAUCUCGAUGCAGGCACGACGACAACUGCAGGUAUUGAUGGCAGCUGUUACCCAGAAGACACUUCUGUACUGCCCGAUGCCAGAGCUGGUCACUCAGACAUCGUCGGCUCUUCCUGGCCUGGCUCAGUCCACCAUCGUCAAUCCUUGAUUCACCAUGAACUGCCCCAGUAUGACUGGCCACUGUCGUCAUUGUCAUCACUUCCUUCGACUUCAACCCUCGUAUCGCCGCCCCCUCUCUUGUGCGAGACCCCACACCAGCAACCCCUGGGUCGCUGGCAAAUAGUUUCUGGCGGACUCAGCCCACAUCCCAGGAGUCCGGAUGAACUGCAAACGAGCGCCGCUGUGCAUGAUCAUGGCUUCAACAUCGUGUCGCCAGACUCGGCAAAUCCCCUGACCCCAUCGACGUCGCCGGGUAGGGAGAAUGGCAGCACGAACCAGGCGCUGCACCGUUUGAUUCGAGAGGAUCUCCCAGAUAUCCCCCAGCCUCGUCCACGUGUUCUUCUCAAAUAUUCAUCCAUACUGGCCGAUCCUGCAUGUGCCAACCUAUGACAAGGAAAAUACAUCGGAUCUGUUGCUGGGAUCAAUCAUCAUGCUUUCCAGCUGGCUCGUUGGACGGCAUGAACACAAGGAGAUUGCGCCUAUUGUCUUUAAGGAGGUGGUGGCUGGAACUGGCCUCGAGCCACAGUCCAUCC